UAACUUGCACUUCAAAGAUGGAUUCCGUUGUUAUGCUAUUUGUCCUUUAUUUGUUGAACUUAUUGAAUAUAACUCAAGGUCAAUGUAUUAGCAAUGGUACAUGUGUCUGUCACUGUGAAAACUGUACUAACGGAUGUACCGCUUGUUUACCUGGAUGGAGCGGAUCAACAACAAAUUAUUGUCAAAAAUCGAACACUUUCUUUCAAUUACUUGCAAUGGAUGAACUCUUUGACGGUGAUUCAAAAACUUCCAAAAUAUUCAAAGGUCAUGACCCAUAUAUUCUAUUUCAAUUUAAUACUUCUGCAAAAAUUGAUCAACUAGACAUAACCCUUUUGCUAGAAUAUGGGAUAAACUACACAGUUUCUGUACAGCAAAUUCCAUAUAAAUUUCUUGAAUCGGAGAUUUGCGACAAAUUCACACACAGCGAUGUUAGUACCGAGAGAACUGUUACAGUGACAUGUAACCGACCACUUCAUGGAAAAUACAUUGAAAUUGUUGCCUCGAGUCCCUUAGAAACAACUCUACAAGUGUUUGAAAUUGAGCGGUUCGAAUGUUCAAAUGGCACUUUCGGGGAAAAUUGCAGUAAAAUUUGCCCAGACGGAUGUAACAAACAGUGUGAUAAAAAUACUGGUGACUGUAUUUGUAUUAGCGGUCGCUGGGGAAACUCUUGUAAUCAGACAUGUCCUUCGUUUUGUGAUAAAAAUACGUGUAAUUCUACCACAGGCGAUUGUAAUGAUUGUGUUCUUGGAUAUUAUGGAGUGAAAUGUGACAAAGAAUGUUCUUUUGGGUGUCAAAAUAUUUGUAACAAGAAAUCGGGAAUAUGUUCAUGUAAAUCAGGAUUCUAUUUGUCAAAUUGUUCAUUGACGUGUCCAUCAAAGUGUUUAAAUAAUGAGUGUCAUCAAGAAAAAGGAACUUGCCUGGCAUGUCAUAAUGGAACAUAUGGCGACUUUUGCAACCUGAAUUGUUUGGGUGAUUGCAACGGUCAGUGUAAUAAAGAAGGCAUAUGUGGAACCUGUGCUAACAAUAAAUAUGGUACUUAUUGUAAUCAAACAUGUCCUGAAAAUUGUGAAGCAGGGGUUUGUAAAAGAGGCACUGGUUAUUGUGAAAAUUGUAAGAUAGGUUAUAUGGGAGAAAAAUGUGAUAAAAGCUGUCCGGAACACUGUGAGAUUUGCAGUCAAAACGGUUACGAAUGCAAACGAUGUGUUGAUAAAUGGUUUGGUGUUAAAUGUGAGUUAAAAUGUCCCACCGGUUGUGGUGAAAAUGGGUCCUGUGAUAUUGAAUCAGGUAUGUGCAAUGAGUGUCCUGCUGGAUAUUAUGGGAAUAAAUGCACUCGGCAAUGUAGUAAUAAUUGUGCCUCGAACAAAAUUUGUGAUCAGAGCACGGGGAACUGUCCAAGCUGUAAAGCUGGUUGGUAUGGACUGAACUGUUCAGAACACUGUAACAGUAAUUGUAUGAAUUCAACAUGUAUUAGCAAUCAGUCAUGUACGUUUGGUUGUAAAGAUGGAUGGUAUGGUGCACAAUGUGAUUAUAAAUGUGGCCGCGCUAUUCGAAACUGUGGGCAAUGUGAUUUGAUAGAAAAUGUUCCGGUUUGUCGACAUUGCAGCGAUAGAUGGUACCUGAUGGAGACAAAUUGUUUCGAAUGUCCUGAAAAUUGCUCUUCUUGUAUGUCAGAUGAAGAAUGCUUGGAGUGUAAAAACAAUUUUUACCAUGGCAAGACUUGCAACUCAACAUGUAACACAGCCUGUAUAAAUAAGACAUGUGACAUGACAGGGUAUUGUAAAGAGGGAUGUGAAGACGGUAGAUAUGGCGUCAGAUGUGACCAAAAUUGUUUGGAACAUUGUAAGACUUGUCACAAUUUAACAAUGUGUUUGCAAUGUGAAGAUGGAUAUUUUGGGGAAUCGUGUCAAAUGUGUCCUAAAAAUUGUAAAAAAUGUGAAAAUUAUUCAACUUGCACACAGUGUAAAACCGGAAGGACUCAUAAUAAUGGUAGUGUUGAAGAAAACGAUCCUGAUGGCAGUAAUUGUAAUAAUCAACUGCCAUCAACUACACAUACAUUGAUAGCUUCCGUCGUUCCAAUUCUUUUAAUGAUUGUAAUAUUAAGUUCAGUGUUUUGCUUGAUAGUUGGACAAUUGAAGCAAAAAUGGAAAAACAGAAAAAGUUUGAUAGUCCAACACACAAUACAACCACUUCUAAAAAGAACAGGACACUGUUAUGAAAAUGCUGGGAUAUCUGUUUAUAACACUCGUGGAUCGCAGGCACUUCUUGAAGAAAUAGAUCCUGAUGAAAACUCUAACAACACCGACAUAGAUGAGUUUGAAAGUCAUAACUACGUAAAUGUGACCAUGACACGCAUUUCUGUACAACGUCUGUGGGAAUACAAGUUGCAAAAUACAGCAAACGAUUCAAUAAAUACAGAAUUUAAGAAUCAGCCAACAGGACUACUUUUGAAGUGUAAGGAAGCCAAGAAAUCUGAAAACAAAAAAAGAAAUAGAUACAAAUACGUAUACCCCUAUGACGCAAACAGAGUUAUGCUUCCACCAGGUGAAAAAUGUAACAACAGCUAUAUCAAUGCUAGUUACAUAAAUGGAUUUGAAGCCCUUAAAGAAUAUAUAGCAUCUCAAGGUCCAUUUACUGAUGAAACAGUUACGGAUUUUUGGAGAAUGGUUUGGAAUGAGAACGUUAAUACAAUUGUUGUCCUGACUAAUUUGGAAGAGAAUGGUGUCAAAAAGUGUAGAAAGUACUGGCCAACUACUGAAACGAUGUAUGGAGACAUACAAGUGAAGACAUUAUCCUCGGAUUCCUCUUCUUGUUACAAAGUGCGUCGCUUCCAAAUUACAUUGGAAAAUGAAGUUCGGACCGUUAAGCAGUUUCAUUUUACUGCCUGGCCAGAUAAAGGUGUGCCUAGUUCUGUCAAUUCUAUACUAGAUUUCAGGAGAAAAAUCAGACGCAAGGCAGACAUAACAAGUCCUAUUGUUGUACACUGCAGUGCUGGUAUUGGCAGAACAGGAACAUUCAUUGCCCUCGACGUCUUAAUUAACCAAGGACAAAAGGAAGGGAGUGUGGAUGUUGUCAGUUGUGUAACCAACUUGAGGUACCAAAGAACACAUCUCGUACAGACCGUGGAGCAGUAUAACUACCUGUACGGUGCUGUAACAAAAGAACUAACUGGAAAAGAGAGUGGAAUACAGGAAAAAGAAUUCAUGACAUAUUACAGUCAGAUGAAACGCAUAAAUCAGUCCACAGAAACAACGUUCAUUGAAGAGGAAUUUAAUUUGAUUGAGAAGUUGGCUCCAGACAUAGAUGAGAAUCGGUAUCAAACUGCAAAGGCUGUGAAUAACAGACAUAAAAACAGGCACAGUAACAUCCUAGCAGAUGACAAUUUUAGAAUAUAUAUUAAUAGACGAGACGGUGACUACAUAAAUGCCAUUUCGCUCCCAAGCGCUCAGCAAAACUUUGCUUACAUAAUUACUCAUACGCCAUUACCAGAAACUGUUGAUGAUUUCUUUUCAAUGAUGGCUGACCACGAAGUCCUUACCAUCGUGCAAUUAGAUAAUGACGCUGACGAGGUCUUUGGAAAUCGUUGUCAGAGUAAAGAUGAAACGUUUAUUCAAAAUUCGUUUGAACUGAACCCGCAAGAAAAAACCACAUUCGGCAACUUUGAACUGUUGGCCUGCCACUUUCAGGAUGAUCACGCCUUAGUCUCAAGACAUGUGAAGCUGUAUCGAGGACGCUUCUGGAAAGGUAGCCAUGUUGUUCCUAACGAUUUACAACCAAUGAUUUCUCUCGUCGAGACGAUUCUAAACCGACGUAGAGAACAAAUGGAAAAUCCAGUGGUUGUUGUGUGCAGGGAUGGAGCUCAAAGAAGUGGGUUAUUCUGUGUGUUGGCUAAUCUAGUAGAACAAUUACAACUCUCUGGUUCUGUGGACAUUCUACAAACAGUGCUGAAUGUACGCCACCGGCGUCCACAGAUCAUUCCGUGUUUGGAACAGCUGGAUUAUAUUUACGACUUUAUAAAGAAAUAUCUUGAGUCUGGAAACAAAGUUUAGUCAUCAUAUUUUUCUUUUUUCUUAUUAUAUAGCAUAAAAAAAGUUACAUACAAUAAAUGUUUACCACACUUUUUGAGGUUUCUUACGUUUAUGGCUUGUUUUGAGUCUUGAGAUUUUUGUAUUAUUAUUAUAAUGUUGAAUUUUGUUUAAUAUUAUGUCACUUAUUUAGUUUGUCUCACAUAUACGUGUUCAGCUAAAACUGCAAAACAGUGAUAAAUUUAUAUAUUUAUAACAUGUUUAUUUUUGUUUUCUACUUACUUGACAAUGUAUAAUAGGUGUCGUUUUUCAUUUAUCAUUAUUUCUGUAGUUACUUAAAGAUAUUAAAGUUUAUCUUGCAUAGGAUUUUAGCUGGACAAUACUCUUCUCAGAGCCAUAUAAAAUUAAUCCAGAAAAUUAAUUUAAUUAAUAUAUAUAAAUAUUGUCAUCCUUACAACUCCAGGGGUUCAUAGUCCACUCGUGACCAUGAACGUCUCACGGCCACGAGAGUACUAAGGACGUCUGACGUUGUUGGGAUAUAAUAUCAAUAACAAAAGGAUAAUCAAAACUAAGUGAUAUUAUUACAUUUUGAUAAACCUGUGUUGAUUGUAAAUGUGUUCUCACAAUACCGGUAACUUUCUAUCAUAAUGCUUAGUUAUGUCAUAUGCAUUCGAAAUAUUUCCUUAGCAUGCCAAUUUAACAACAACAAAUAAAGAAUUAUAAUAGUUCUCUAUUAAGGAGUCUUGUAAGAAAUGAAUAAUCUGAGACAAUAAUUGUUGUUAAUAUCCAAUACACAUUAAUAGUUUUAAUUUUUCUUCGUAAAGAUAAACUAAAUUUUAUUUUUUUCCAUAUAUCAAAUGUACUUUAAGUUGAAAAAAAUUUAAAUUUCUGACACUUAAAAAAAAUAAAGUCCUUAAACUACAGAUCAUAUUACAUACAAUGUUUUUUGCGAUAUUAUGAUCAUGCAGCAAAGUUUGCAAGUCGCUGCAAAAUCAGCUUCAUAUGCAUGAAGAUGGAUAACUCAUACUUGGAUUUUACUGAGUAGUACAUGUAUGUCGGGAUUAUCUUAACUAUGAAAAAAACCAGUUAAACAAAUAAGGAUGCUGGUGGAUAAUGUUUAUUUUUUUAUUUUUUAUUUUUUUUUUUACAUAAUUUGAAUGUGAAAUAACUUUUACAACCCGGUGAAAUAAUGUGUCUGCUCUCAUUAUUGUAUUAUUUUUUAUUAUUAUAUUUAUCACUGCUUUAUUACCAUCAUUCAUAAUAUUAUUAACUUGAUUUGAUUCAUUUUUGAUAAGCAUUGAAGGACUUAUGUGCGGUAUGGUCAAAUAUCUGCCCCCGAUUUCAACCAAUUUUUAAAUAGUAUCGUAUAAAAAUAAAAUCUUCACAAAUCAUUGUAUAAAGGAUGCCUAUAACUUUAAUUUUGAUUUUAGUCAUUAUUGCUCAUUCGCUGUUUAUCUAUGACGUCACCAAAAAUGACCUAAUUCCCGCAAAUUUGCAAACAAAUGAAAAUAAAAUAUUCUCAUUUUUGCUCUUUAUUUAGCAUUCGGCGCAGGUCUGCUCGAGUAUGAUUUUAUAUAUGAUUUUCUUCAGAUAGUUAUACACAUUGUACUAAAACAUGGUACUUAAGCAAGCCUGCGCUCGAUGUUUCCAAGUCGAAAAACCAUCGGAAAACACCCAUAAUUUGCUACAGAACAUCAAUUUAUCAGAAUAAUGCAAUCUUCAUGACGUCAUUUCUACAUUAUGACGUCACUGUGGUGAUAACCUUUCACACCUUUAUUUCCAUUAUGAUUUUAACUAUCUUUCACCUUAUUUUUAAAGCUCUUUCUAAAACUUUGAUUCUAGGGGCAAAAAAUGCAUAAUACCGCACAUAGUCCUUCUUUUCUUUAACUUAACUGUGCGAACCGCUAGAUUUAAACCAAAAUCAAACAUUUCUGAAAAUGAUAAUCAUAUUUUGCGUUAUAUUUAUGAAAUAUUUGCUGAAAAUUCCCCGUCAUCUUUUUUUUCACAUUUUUAUACAUUUUAUACAGAUUGUUAUUUAUUCAAUAAACAACAUAUUAAAUUCC